CUUAUUUCUUUCCAUCUAUUCAUAGUUUGUUGUCUAACUGAAAAUCGGUUCGAAAUAAUUAUCUGAUAAACUUUACGGACGAACAAUCACCAUGAAGUCUGCAUCGAUGACAUGUCUUAAAUAUUUGAUGUUUUUCUUCAAUUUGCUUUUCUUCAUAUGCGGAGCUGCAGUUUUAGGAGUGGGGAUAUGGGCCUUAGUCAACGAAAAGACGUUCAAAGAGAUGAUGGCUAACAAUCCAAUGAUUUUUAACGGUAUUUACAUCAUCAUUGGUGUUGGUGCAGCACUUCUUGUUAUUGGUUUCAUGGGAUGUUGUGGAGCUAUCAAAGAAAAUAGAUGCUUGUUGAUCACAUUCUUCGUGUUGGUACUUCUGGUCUUGAUUGUCGAAAUUGCAGCAGCCAUCUUGAUUUAUGCUGAAAAAGGCAAGAUUGAAAAGUCAUCAUUGUCAUCUAUGACUCACUACGGUUCUACGGACGCUCAAGGAAAACUCGUCACACAAGGAUGGGAUACGAUUCAAGCAACAAUUGGUUGUUGCGGAUUCAAUAGUUACAAAGAUUGGAAAACUAAUGGUUACUCUGUCUCUGGAAAAAUAGUUCCAGACUCUUGUUGUAAACAUAAGUUAUUGAAGAAAGAUUCGCCCAUUCUUAACGUGACAUUGUGUCAAAAAGCUGACGUCAAAUACCUGAACACAGAGGGAUGUGCAAGAACUCUCGAACAUUCUAAGUUGAUUGUUGGGGCAGUGGCGCUCGGUGUUUUAGUCUUUGAGAUUCUUGCAAUGAUAUUCUCAUGUUGCCUGUACAAAUCUCUGGGAACCUAUAAAAGAGUGGCAUGAAGAUUCAAACCAGCAAUACAGUUCACUUUCAUUAUAUGAUUUCAUUUUGUGUAAUAUAUAUAAAAUUUAUUGACAAACAAUAGCUGCAACAGGGUAAUUCUACGAUCUGCAGGUCACACAAUGAAUUUUUAAUUAUUGACCGUCUCUGGUUAAACUGUUGCACAGAACAAAAAAGGAUGGAGUUAUUAUACUUUCUUUCUGGUAUUACAGCUUAUAUUUAUCUGGAUUAAAAUUUGUGUUUUCCAUGUUUACAGUUUGGUAUCUUAUGUCUGUUUUUUUUAUUCAAUUUAUUUGCAAACGAAAAGGCUUGAAUAUUCAUUUUACCUCAAAUGGAUUAUUGAUUAGUUGAUAUUGGGUAUACCCCAUGCCCGACAGGAGAUGUAUAUAUAUAUUUGAAUAUAUUUAUUGUAAUCAGAGACCAUUGAUUUUUAGGAAAUAGACCCCAUUCUGCCAUUUUUGUCUUAAUGAGAUCGGCAUAGAUGGGCCAGGUUCGCUCAUGGCAGUUUUUUGGGUGAAGGUCCAAAUAGUAAAAUGGAAAAAGUUUCAAGGUCAUACAAUUUCGUUGGAAACUGUAAAUUUAACCACGUAAUAAACUUGUUAGGGACAUUUGAUUUGAUUAGUUGAAAUAAACUUAACGUAUGAUCGUC